AUGAGGGACGAAAUAGGGUCUGAAAAAGGAUUAUUGCUCGCUCCACACAUCCAAGCGACUGGAAUGAGACAGUUAUUUCCUUGUUGGGACAUACCACACUUAAAGGCCACAUUUGCAAUUUCUAUAAAGCAUCAUCGUAAUCUUACAGCAUUAUCUAAUAUGCCGAUAAAAUACCAUUCUAUUAAUCGUUCAAUGACUUUGGAAGCUGAAGUGUUGACACAUUUCUAUACUACUCCUCCAAUGUCUACUUUGCAAGUUGCGAUAGUUGUGACUGACUAUUAUAACCUUAAAGUUAACGAUAACAUUACUUUGUGGUGCGAUUGUUAUUCAGAAGAGAAAUCUCCGAAAUUUGAGUUUGCACGAAGAAUCAUAAACGGUAUUACGUCGCAUUUAAAAUCUGAAUUCGGUGGGAUAAAUAUUCCAAAAAUGGAUCAUGUUGCAAUUCCAAAUUUUCCACAAGAUGGCACAUCGAAAUGGGGGCUCAUCUUUCAUACGUAA